CCCUGCCAGCUUGUUGGACUCUUCGUCAGCGCACGCGGUCGCAUUAUUUACGCCACCGACCCUUGUCCGUGCUGCCAUCCCUGGGGGGUUUUGGCUGCCCUGCCCUUCCUCCUUGAACAUCUCGGCUGCCCACCACAGCACCAGCAGAGCUUCCUGUUGACCAGGAACUCUUCACCAUUAUAUAUUCCUAGGAUCGGUUGAACAGCUUGUUGUCGACCCGUGUUGAGACACAUCGACACCAUGAGUGUGCCAGGACUGACUGUCAUCGGCGCUCAGGUCACCGCUGCGACCGUCAACAAAGCAGACGAAAAGGAUACCCCGAAUCUCAGUACAUUGCCAUCAACCCAUUCCAACCUGUCGGCGGAAGACAACCCGGCGAUCGAGUUCGAUCCGUGUGUCGGGGCAAAGCCGUGCUCCCCCUUCUACCGCCAUGCCACCAUCACCACGCAGUCCGUCGAGCGACUGACGGUCCAACCCAAGCUGUCCAACGGCGACUAUAAUAUGCCACAGGUCGAGAGUGGCGAGAACACCAACCGCAGCCAGUCCUUCGAUAUCUCCAACGCAGACCGCGCCCGACUGUGGAAAGACAAGCGGAGGAAUCGAAGCUGGCUGCGGUCGUUGUCCAAAAAGCAGAAACUGACCGUCAAGAUUGUCAUCGCCAUUGUCACAGUCGGUACCAUGAUCGCUAUCGCGUUGGGCAUCACAGCCGCCGUCGGAGGAGGAGUAUGGAAGUCUCAUCAUCAGCAGGGGACUCUGAGGUAGAAAAUCGUCGGGGUAGGGAUCGAGGGCGUCGAUAAUUGCUGCGAAAACGUGAGUUUGAGUCUGUCUGGAGACAAUAUAACAAAGAGAAAAAAAAAUUAUCGCUGACACGCUCUGAUCUACAGGACGCUUGUACAUUUUUUUGUUUCCUUCUUAUUCUCACCGUCUCGUUUCAAAAUCCUGUCAUCGUCACGACAAGGUAUAUUUUCGGAAGCCGUCUGCUUGGCCGCGAGGGUGAUUGAGAAUCACACGGCCAUGGCUCCGGAUACCAAACUGGUUUUCAAGCGACCUACAAGUCA